UUUAAAUGGCAUUCCCUGCAAACAUGCCAUAACAGCCAUUUAUACAAACAUUGAGACACCAGAAGACUAUACCCACCCAUGCUACUUCAAAGAAACUUACAUGGAGAUAUACAAGGAGGUACUUCCUCCCAUGCCUGGUCAGUCAGAAUGGGCUGAGACUGGACAGCCUGCUCCCCUGGCACCUCACAUAUACAAACCACUAGGCAGACCACCCAAGCAAAGAAAGAGGGCUUCUGAUGAGCCUAGGAACCCUUACAAAGCAAGUAGACAGAACAGACCUGUAAGAUGUGGGAAAUGCAAAAAGGAAGGGCAUAACUCAAGAGGGUGCAAGGCUGGCAUCAUUGGGGAGACACCAUGGCAGAGGAGACAGAGACUUCAAAGAGAAAAAGCUGCAAGGGAAGGGGUGCCUGCACCUAGAUCUGCACCUCAGCCUGCACCUCAGCCACCAUCCUAGCAGCCUACCCAGACCUAUAACAUGAUGUCUGCCACUCAGCCUUCAUCCUUACAGCAAGGAAAUCAACCUAGGCCAUCUCACAAGAGAGCAGGAUGGUUCUCUUCCUCACAACCAGAGUUUCACACACCUAGGGAGACCUGGGAUACCUUACCAAGUUCUUCACAGGUAACUUAGUCCUGGAUGGUUGUGUAGCUUGGGAUAUUUUUUAACAAGUGGAUCUAUUUUUUAUUUUGUAGCCUUCACAUGCAAAUGGGAGCACUGGUGGUGUG